CGCUCGCCGCUUCCGCCGCGGGGCGGGGCGGGGCCGUGCGGCGAUGGCGGCGUGGACGCGGUGGCUGGAGCGGCUGUUGGCGCUGUACUUCGUGUCGCACGUCCCCAUCACGCUGCUCAUCGACCUGCAGCCGCUGCUGCCCGCCGCCGGCCUCUACCCGCGCAGCCUGACGGAGUUGUUAGAGUGGUAUGCAGUCACCUUUCGAGAUCCCAUGAUGAUCCAGCCCCCAGAGUGGUUUAAGGCGUUUAUGUAUUGUGAAGCCUUCUUACAACUGCCUUUCUUUCCCAUUGCAGCGUACGCCUUCAUAAAAGGUGGUUGCAAAUGGAUAAGGACUCCUGCAAUUAUAUACUCCACACAUGUAGCUACAUCUUUGGUUGCUAUCCUUGCUCACAUCCUUUUUCAUGAUUUCUCAAAGUCUGAGCAUUUGGGUCCUCAGACACAACACGAACGCCUAAUUCUGUUAUCUAUAUACAUACCUUACUUGCUGAUACCACUUCUGAUUCUUUUUACCAUGCUGUACAGCCCCCAGUACAACCAAGUGGAGAAAAGGAAGAGGAAGUAGUCUGCUGUAGAAGUUGUAAGCACAACAUUCGUAUUUGUUUUGAUUCAGCCCCUAGUCCUCUGGGACAAACACCUGUCUCAUGUUGUCAGUGCAACGCCUCUCACCAGAGCAUCAGGCUCCCGCAAGAAAAGUUCCAAUUGGCUUGAGUUUACACGUCUCCUUUAAUCAGGAGCAGCUUUGGCAGAAGCCUGAACUGGCAGCUCCUUGUGGUGCCUGGGCCGUACGUAGCUUAAGGGACCCAGCAGCUCUGCUCCCAGUAUCGAUUUUGUGUGGUCCUUCUGUACUGGGAAAACGAACUUUUAACCAUUUGAUGUGUAACCGUGUGAUGGGGACCUGUGGGGGGGUAGAAACUGCAGCUGACACUUUUCUUUCAACUUGCCUUUUUCCAAGAUGACUUCAGUAAGAAAUCUGUCUUCUAAGAACAUACGCUGCAAAAUCCAUAACUGAUUACAAAUUUGCAAAGCUAAAAUCUUUUUCUCUGCUACUUUUGAAGCAUUUCAAAUCAUGUAAUAAUCCUUACCUUUCUCAUCCCUUCAUUUAAAAUUUCACCUUCUCUUCCUCUGCUGUAAUUUUGAUUAAUUGUAAACGUCUGGCCAGCGAUAAAUGUGCCAAAAUCUGGAUUUCUGAAUUAAAAUUAAUUUUGUUUGA